AAUGUGGCCCGUGCCUACCACUCAGAAGCCCAGAAGGAGGUCAUAACGUGGUGGGGUGCAGCGACGAGCGAAGGCACAAAUGCAAAGAAGAACCCCGCCUUCACAAAAUCAAGCAACCGCAACAGGCUCAAAAUCGUCACGCCCCGCCAGCCGCCUUGAUUGUUUGCUCUCCCCCCCUUCCUCCCCUCGCUCAGUACUAUUUUGUUUAUUUCCCCGACUGUCCACCGCUCGUUCGAGUCCAGCCGCCAAAAUGACCACCGAGGAGAAGCCCGUCGACUACACUCUGAACAACCCCGACACCCUCACCAAGUACAAGACCGCCGCCCAGAUCUCGGAGAAGGUCUUGGCCGAGGUAUCGAAGCUAUGCGUCGCUGGUAGCAAGAUCGUCGACAUCUGCGAAAAGGGCGACAAGCUCAUCGAGGAGGAAGUUGCCAAGGUCUACCGCGGCAAGAAGAUCACCAAGGGUUUCUCUCAUCCCACCACCGUCUCCCCGGCUGCCUUUGUCACUCCUUACACCCCCCUGAAGACGGACGAGAAGGAGGCUGCGACUGAGAUCCAGGCCGGCGAGCCCAUCAAGAUCCAGCUCGGUGCCCAGAUCGAUGGCUUCGGCUCCAUCGUUUGCGACACCGUCGUCGCCCCCGAGAAGGAGGGAGCCGAGCCCGUCAUCGAGGGCCGCACUGCCGACCUUCUCCUGGCCACCUACUAUGUCAACGAGCUCCUCCUUCGGUUGAUGAUCCCCCCUGGACUUUUGGCCAGCGGCACCGAAGAGGAGAAGGCCAAGGCUGCUUCCGUCAAGCCUCCCUCGCAGUCCAAGAUCUCCAGCCUUUUGGAGAAGGUCGCCCAGGCCUACGACUGCAACAUUGUUGAAAGCACGACCUCGUGGCUCUUUGACCGCAACGAGAUCGAGGGCUCCAAGAAGAUUGUCAUCUCGCCUGGCGAGGGCACCAAGGGCGAGGGCGUCCCCGAGGUCGGUGAGGUCUGGGGUGUCGAGGUUGGCGUCAGCUUGGGCUCUGGCAAGGUCAAGCAGUUUGAGCAAAGAACGACUCUGCACCGCCGCACCGCCAAUACAUACGCCCUCAAGCGUCCCACCUCGCGCAAGAUCCUCUCCGAGGUGCAGAAGAAGUUUGGCACAUUCCCCUUCAGCUUGCGCCAGCUCGAGGAUGAGCGUGAUGCCAAGUCUGGCAUCAUCGAGUGUGUUCGUGGCAAUGUGAUCCGUCAGUACGAGGCCAGUGGCGAGAAGGACGGCGAGCCUGUUGCCAGACUUUUGACCACCGUUGCCAUCACCAAGAACGGCCUCUCCAAGGUUGGUGCUCCCCCUGCUUUGGACCUCGCCAAGGUGAAGUCGGACAAGAAGAUUGUGGAUGAGGAGAUCCUCAAGAUUCUUGAGCAGCCCCUGUCCCGCAACACGGGCAAGAAGAACAAGAACAAGAAGAAGAAGGCCGAGGGCGAGGAGUAA